AUGCUUUAUACAGCGACAACCACGCCUACAUCACGCCUACACCACACGCCUACACCCACGCCUACACCACGCCUACACCACGCCUACACCCACGCCUACACCACGCCUAUACCACGCCUACACUACACCUUCCCUUGUGUUGCUGUGUUCCUAUGUGCCUUCCCUUGUGUUACUGUGUUCCUAUGUGCCUUCCCUUGUGUUGCUGUGUUUCUAUGUGCCUUCCCUUGUGUUACUGUGUUCCUAUGUGCCUUCCCUUACGUUUCUGUGUUCCUAUGUGCCUUCCCUUGUGUUGCUGUGUUCCUAUGUGCCUUCCCUUGUGUUGCUGUGUUCCUAUGUGCCUUCCCUUGUGUUGCUGUGUUCCUAUGUGCCUUCCCUUGUGUUGCUGUGUUCCUAUGUGCCUUUCCUUGUGUUACUGUGUUCCUAUGUGCCUUCCCUUGUGUUGCUGUGUUCCUAUGUGCCUUCCCUUGUGUUGCUGUGUUCCUAUGUGCCUUCCCUUGUGUUGCUGUGUUCCUAUGUGCCUUCCCUUGUGUUGCUGUGUUCCUAUGUGCCUUCCCUUGUGUUACUGUGUUCCUAUGUGCCUUCCCUUGUGUUGCUGUGUUCCUAUGUGCCUUCCCUUGUGUUGCUGUGUUUCUAUGUGAUGUGAAUGCAAUAACAGAGGCGAAAACGCCUUCCCAGACCCUCCCAGCGCCUUCCCAGACCCUCCCAGUGCCCGCCUCAACAUCCCUAGCAGUAAUGGGCGCUGAGAGAAGCCCUUCCCUACAGGACCUUGGCUUUUCACCUCCCAGGAAGUCACCAGUGUUUGCCAAGUUGUUCCUUGUGUUGCUUCCCUGUGUCCCUGUGUUGAAGUGUCACGGUGUUGGUGUGCUGGUGUGUUGGUAUUGCUUGUGUUACUUCCCUGUGUCCCUGUGUUGA